CUUAUACUUCAUUAUAUAAAUACAUCUACAAACCAUAACUCUCAGAUUUUUAAACUUACUACCUCAAUUACGAGUGUCUCAGAAUAGUACCGAAAUGGCCCAUACGUUGGAUAUUAAAGGAAGGACAAAAGAUGUACUUUUAGAGGAGAACGUACCAUUCAGUUCUUUACUUUUACCCAGUGAAAUUUUACAAGCUCUUGAUAAUUUGGGUUUUAAAAAGCCGUCACCAAUUCAACUUAGAGCUAUCCCCAUAGGAAGAUGUGGUUUCGAUCUUAUUGUGAAGUCGAAGUCAGGCACUGGCAAAACUCUUGUAUUUGCAAUUGUUGCUUUGGAAUCAAUUCAAGUUGAAAAGAAAUGUCCACAAGUUGUUAUUUUAGCCCCCACCAGGGAAAUUGCAGUACAAAUUCAAGAAACAAUUCAACAACUCGCAAAGUUUAAACAAGGUGUUAUUGUGGAAUGUUUCAUUGGAGGACUGUCCGUUGAAUCAGACAUAAAAAAAUGUAGUAAUUGCCAUAUUGUGGUGGGAGCACCUGGACGUAUAACGCAUCUAAUAGAGCUGGGCCAUUUAAAAAUGGAUUCUGUGCGUCUGCUUGUCCUUGAUGAAGCAGAUAAACUAAUGGAAGCCAGUUUCGAAAACGACAUCAACUACAUCUAUAACGCUUCGAGAGACAGAAAACAAAUGAUAACCACCAGUGCCACUUAUUUCAACGAUCUGGAUAAUUUUUUGUGCCAAUAUAUGUUAUCCCCAACUCAUGUGAUUGCUGAAAUAGAAUCUCCACUUCUUCUAGGUCUGAGAAAUUACAUACGCAUUAUGGGGGAGGAGAGUAAUGUUUAUGUGGAAGUGAAGGCUAAAAAUGAGGAAUUAGUUCAUUUUUUGUCAAACAUUUCUUACACUCAGUGUUUGGUGUUUUCAAAUUAUCAAACGCGAGCUGAAGGCAUUUCUAAUUGUUUGAACAAUAUGGGCUGGAAUUGUCAAUAUCUAACUGGCUUACAGAAACAAAAGGAGAGACUUGAGACUAUUGCUAAUUUCAAAGAAAUGAAAUGCAGGGUACUAAUUACAACUAAUAUAGCUGCCAGAGGACUUGAUAUUGCCAACGUUGACUUGAUUAUAAACUACGAUGUUCCAACCGACGCCGCAACCUUUUUACAUAGAAUGGGCAGAGCUGGUCGAUAUGGAACUUCUGGAGUGUGCAUUACUAUGGUAUUUGAAGGCGAAGAAAUGGAUCUACUGAAAAAUAUUAUAGGCGCAAUUGGUGGCACGAAUUUAUCAAUUCCACUCCUGCCAGUCAUUAAAGAAGCGAAUACGAAUUUAUUCACUAUAGACCAUACCGUUUUGCCAUCUAUUAGUGGAACUAUAAGUGAACUGGAUGCAAAAAUGAAAGACGAAGUUAAAAAAGAAGUGUUUGAAAUUAAAAAGAACCGUGGCAAGAAUAAAAAACCGAAGAAGAAUAAGGAGUCAAAUAAAAAAGGAAAAAAUAAUGCUCCUAAGCAAAAGAAUGAUUCUAAACAAAUUAAUGUUGCCAAAGAAAAUAAUGCAGCUAAAAAGAACAACGCAGAAGAAGGUAAGAGUAGUGAAAACGAUGAAGAUGAUGACGGAUUUCUCGUUGUAAAUACAGAAACGUUAAUAGAGUCUAUGGAGGAGGAGGAUGUUAAUUCUGCUGAGUCAGAAAAUCACACCCCAAAACAAGAUCUAAUGGAUACCAAAGCGUUACUUGAAUUGAUAGCAAGUGGUGAGGUCGAUUGUACUCAAUUGGAAUCUAAUACACAACUUAAAAACCACAGUCCAAAACAACCUGCAGAUCUAGAACCAAAUAAGUCUGCCAAAGAGGAAGUUUUUAUUAAAAAUAAAGCAUUGCUGAGCGUAUCUAAACUACUUGUUGAGAAUAAUCAGACACCAGAUACAAACGACGUCGAUUCUGUAGAUGAGUUCUUAAAUCUUCUUAAAAAACAAGAUGGUAAUAAAUUGACUAAUAAGGAACAAAUUAACUCUGAAACUAAGAAUGUUAGUGAAAUAUCAGCUUCUACUUCUAGAAAUGACGAUAAAAUUCAAAAUACAUCAGAAGUUAAACAACAGACAAUGUCCACAUGUAAAAGUCAACAAGCAGAGAGAUUGGCAAUGAAAAAAGAUUGCAAUAAAUUGACUAAUAAGGAACAAAUCAAAUCUGAAGCUAAGCAACUUAGUGAAAUAUCAGCAUCCACAUCUAGAAUUAAUGAUUCAUCAGAAGUAAAACAACAGUUAAAGUCUACAUGUGAAAAUCAACAAAAGAUAAAGGUUGAUGAUGAAAACUUAUUUAAAUUAGCUUAUGAAAGUGCCAUUAAUCCUGCAGCUGACAAGACGUGGAUGAAAGGUAUAUCUAACUUAACUAUUAAUUGUAAUGAACCAGAAAAACCCUGUGAUCUGUAUGCAAAUAAAAUGGGCAAAAAGAAAAUUGGAUAUAGAACAAAGAAAAAUUCUCAGAGCAAAAAAUACAAUAAAGAUAAGAAACCAACAAACCUAGAUUCUAAAGAUGAUUCAGUGAGCAGUGGUAACCAAGUACAAAAAAAUAACCCACCUAAGACUGUUGAUGAUCUGCUUGAUGACCCAGAUUGGGCAUUUUUAAAGUGGGUGCCAGUGGAACCCAAAGACAAGCAAAAACAGGAUAAUUUUGAAUCAUACGCUUUGGAUUUGACUGAAUGUGAUGUUGAAGAGGAACCAGUGAACGAAAACGUGUGUCAACCAGUAUUCCAACCAACGUGUGAUGAAAGAAAUGUGAAUACACUAACUUACAAUCCUGUCUUCUGUUCGUAUUUGGACGAGUGUAGCAAGGAUUUGUGGCAACAAAGCAUGAGUUUUACCAGCGUUCCAGAAUUUGAAUCAUGGUUCGACAAUGAAUGGCACGCUAAAGUUACAUGCGUUAGAAAUUAUAUUCAGCAAAAUAUUUAUGUGCAGGAAAUGAGUAAAUACCAGAAAUUUAGUAAUGGGUGCUAGAAUUCAUGGGUUUAUUGAUUUAGUCCCUAAUUACAUUAUCAUUCUGCUGUUUUAAAGCAUGUACUCUUAAUUUUAAUGGAAGUGAAUUUUGUAUCGUGAUUUGAUAUUUAUAAUUAAUAUAAUCAUGAAACUAUA